AUGCGCUUCGCGCAACAUAUCGUUCAGAAGUUCCACGAUUUCUUCUACGCUAUUGCAGCACUCAACAUUGCUCGCAGCGCCUCUGUAGGCGUCCAGGAGAGCGUGAAAAGCCGCAUCGUGCUGCAACUUGAUUUGGGGGUCAGACAGCUCGUCAAAAAAGGUUUCUUAGACCCGUCGUACAAAACGGGCGCAAUGAUCAGCGUUAAGCUAUUUACGCUUCCCAUAGGGUUCUGUCAAGUCCUGAAAACGAAAGCGAGUUUGUCUCCUGAGACGAUAGCCCGGUCGAAGCGCGAGAGCUCACGCGACAUGAGUGAUUCCGACAGCGAGACGCGCCAGACAGAGCUGGUCAUCAACUUGCAAUCCUGCGACGUCCCUGGGAUGAUCCGCACGUACAUCGACAGCCCGUACAAUACCAAUCGCGUGAAUGAGAGAACACGCCGUUUGGCAAAUGUGAGCCAAUACUGGUUCGCCGGCCUGCUAGUCGACCUAUCCAGGCGGGAGCAGCUCAGAGCUGCCAUCUUGGCCCGCAACCCGCGCCUCGGUAACAACACCCUCGGUCAAUACCUUGGCUAUGUUUCAACUUUCCUUGAAAACAUACUUGAGCAUCCCGACCUCGUCGCUCAGGUGGCUCUUGCCCUCCAUGCCAAAACUGCGCAAACAAGGCUUGCCCUCAAAAGGGAUGCGACAGCGCUGAGGAUCUUUGCCAAUAGGAUCCAAGCGGGACUUCCCAACCCCCAAGCAGCGAUGGCGGUUCCGUCUGUUCAAGGCAUCGACGCAGAGACCACCGCGGACGCCGAUGCGCAACAAACGGCCGCAGUGAACCAUCGCGAACGAAACGACUUCAGCGAGGAUGAGUGGGAGAUAGUGGAGCUAGGCAUCCACUUGAUCCGCUACGGUUGCGAGCCCAAUUGUCGCUCCGCUCAUAUCAAGGAGAAGCACGACAUUGCUUCUGCUGGAAACGAGGACUCAUUGGCCUUGUUUUCGCAGCUUGGGGAGGUUCACUCCUACCAUGCAAGGGCCAAGCAUCAAGAGCGCGUGAUAACCCAGCUCGGCAACAUCUCUGCCCACUACCAGACCGACUUCUACAAGAUGUUCCGCAAAGAUCUGCCUCUGGGUGAAACCGAGGGGUGCCUCUUCACGAACAAGGAUGACCGACCUUGGGACGCAAACGAGUUCCGCGACGUCAUGAACCGUCUUCUGCAGGAGCUGACGGGUCACAACGUCACCCUCAAUCUCCUUCGGAUCCUUGAGAUCACCUUGAACCGCCCGCCCGACAUGACCAACGAGGUAGAGCGCCGGUUCGCGCACGUUCGUGGCCAUACCGUCGAGGAAAAUCGUUGGUACGACCGUUGGAGCGGCAAGCUUCGUCUAGAGCAGUAUCAAGCUGAACAGGCUGCGCUGCAAGCUCGACCCUUAGAGGACCCCACUCCACCUCCCGCGGCGCAGCGACUUCGGGUUACUGGUCCGAACUUUCCCGACCUGGCGGUUACCGUCAACCAGAUUGUGCAGCGUCUUAUGCCUGGAUUAGUCACCAAUAUCGUCGCCCAGCUGCAAGACCGGCCUGAGCACGAGGACGGCGCUCACUCUGCAGGUGACGAUCAAAGGACCGGAUCGGUUGUAGCGGACGAUCCAGUAUUUACUUAUGGCAUGGAACCAGAAGUGAUUGCGGCCAGCGACGGACCGUUUGCCGAGACGGUUCAAGUUGCGCUGAUCAAAGAUGCGGUGGUCAACAAGGCUGAAGAUGCGUCGGCUGACAAAGAAGAAGGCCUUGAACUUGUCCCUGUUGACCCUUGA